AUGGAGAGUGAAACCGCAUUACCGCCCACGUUACCAGUCGCAAAUCCCACAGCACCUUUCUGGCGCACUGAGCUCCAUCAGCUUGAUGACCUGCGAACUACGCCAGAGCUGCCUCAGCGGAGCGAUAUCGUAAUCAUUGGCGCAGGAUACUCUGGAAUAAGCCUCGCGUACCACCUCUAUAAACAGCUUUCUCACGCCGACCAAUCUCGCCCCGCAAUUACCAUCUUGGAAGCAAGGCAGAUAUGCUCAGGAGCUACCGGCCGUAACGGCGGCCACUUGCGUCCUGACCUGUACGGAAAUAUCCCCAAGCAUAUCGAAAGACACGGCCUUGAUGCCGGUGCUGAGGUCGCAAAUUUCGAGAUCGCGCACAUAAAAGCUCUCAAGACCCUGAUAGCCGAGGAAGAUAUUGAUUGUGACCUGAACUUGACGAGAUGUAUGAACGUUUACCUGAAUGAAGCCGACGGUGAAAAAGCAAGGAAGACAUAUGAAGCGCUCGUUGCUCACGGUCUUGAGUACACCUCUGACAUCCAUUAUACCUCCAAGAAAUACGCGGAGAAGAUCUCCGGAGUCAAAGGCGCGAAAGCGUGUAUUUCCUACACGGCAGGUACUCUAUGGCCUUAUAAGCUGGUCUUAGGGCUGCUCUCAAAAAUCACAAGCUCGCCCAUGAUCAACGUGCAAACAUUCACUCCUGUCACGUCAGUGACCAGCAAGGAUGGCCUCCAUUCCGUCCACACGCCGCGAGGGUCCAUUACCGCGUCAAAGGUGGUAUACGCAACUAAUGCAUACACUUCCGGACUACUUCCCCAGUAUUCUGCGAAUAUCGUCCCUUGCCGAGGGAUCUGCUGUCACAUUACAGUUCCGGAUGGCAAGGAUGCCCCAUUUCUACCAUAUUCGUAUCUUAUUAGGUCUGCCGAGGGCAAUGGGCAAAGCUACCUAAUCACCCGCCCAGAUGGAAGUAUCAUUGUUGGUGGCGCUCAGUACACAUUUGAAGAAGACAGGAAACAGUGGUAUAAGGUAAUUGAUGAUAGCACGCUUAUCGAACCAGCAAAGAACUACUAUGACGAUUUCAUGCAACGCACUUUCAGGGGCUGGGAAGAAAGCGGCGCGUACGUCAAAGAGAUCUGGACUGGCAUUAUGGGAUACGCCUAUGACUCAUCCCCUCACGUUGGCGAAGUUCCUGACCAGCCUGGUCGAUAUAUAUGCGCGGGGUACGAUGGGCAUGGUAUGCCGGUUAUUUUCCUUGCCACCAAAGGGCUUGCAGACAUGAUUUUGAAGGGACGCACUUAUGAGGAUACCGGCCUCCCUCGGGUCUUCAAGUCAACGGCCCAGAGACUCCAAAGAGCAGCCGGUGGUCGUGAAGGUGGGGAUAUAUUCGCAUAA